GAGGGUUUCGUGGGAAAAGUGGCGGAUGGACACAGCGGAGGUAGUGACGCGGCCUUUUUAUGUGCGCCGGCGGCGGCCGCAGCUGUGAUUCUCACGCUGCUGAUGACAGACUGCAGGUCGCUGCUGCAGCAGCUUCCAGAGUUCAUGCAGACACUACCGAGAACGACACUGUGAGGAUUUCAUGCUGCUUUUCCCGCUGGAAUAACCUCCCCUUCUCUGUUGUUUUUUGUGCGUGUGUGUCGACUUUUACCUCGUAUUUCUGCCUCGAGAAGGUUCUAAAACUACAAGGUAAGAUAUUUUUUUUUUUGCCCGCGUAAGAAAACAUGCCGCUGAGUUCAAGUCUUGCGACUAAGAACUACGAUUACGACUACGAUUCUCUGCAGCCGUACUUCUACUACGACAACGAGGAGGAGGACUUCUACCCUCAGCAGCUGCAGCCUCCGGCGCCGAGCGAAGACAUCUGGAAGAAAUUCGAGCUGCUGCCGACGCCUCCUCUGUCACCCAGCCGACGAUCGUCCCUGUCCAGCCUAUUCCCCUCCACGGCUGAUCAACUGGAGAUGGUCACGGAGUUCCUGGGCGACGACGCGGUCAAUCAGAGUAUCAUCUGCGACGGGGACUACUCCCAGACCUUCCUCAAGUCCAUCAUCAUCCAGGACUGCAUGUGGAGCGGCUUCUCGGCUGCAGCCAAGCUGGAGAAGGUGGUGUCGGAGCGGCUCGCCUCCUUGCACGCUGUCCGGGUGGAGCCUGCAGCCUGGAAGGUGAACAGCAGCUACCUGCAAGACCUGAACACCCCCGCGACCGAGUGCAUCGACCCGUCGGUGGUUUUCCCCUACCCGGUGGCAGAGAUCCCCAAGCAGAGCGCAGCGCGUCCGCCAAGUGAGGAUUUGGCGCUGGACACGCCACCGAACAGCAGCUGCAGCGACUCAGAAGAUGAUGACGAGGAGGAUGAAGAUGAGGAGGAUGAAGAAGAUGAGGAUGAACAAGAGGAGGAGGAGGAGAUUGAUGUGGUUACAGUAGAGAAGAGGCAGGCGGUGAAGCGGUGCGACCCCAGCCCAGUGGAGAACCGGCACCCCAGCCCGCUUGUGUUGAAAAGGUGCCACGUCUCUACCCAUCAGCACAACUAUGCAGCCCACCCAUCCAUGAGGCAGGAGCAGCCAGCUGUCAAGAGGCUGAAGCUGGAGAGUGUCAGCAGCUCCGGUGGCGGCGGCGGUGGAAGCGGCAGCUACAGCAGGGUCCUCAAGCAGAUCAGCAGCAACCGAAAAUGUUCUAGUCCCCGGACAUCUGACACUGAGGACUACGACAAGAGAAGGACUCAUAACGUGCUGGAGCGUCAGAGGAGGAACGAACUCAAGAUGAGCUUCUUUGCACUGCGGGAUGAGAUCCCAGAGGUGGCCAACAACGAGAAGGCGGCCAAAGUGGUGAUCCUGAAGAAGGCGGCCGAGUGCAUUUACAGCAUGCAGUCGGACGAACAGAGACUUGUGUUGGUCAAAGAGCAGCUGAGGAGGAAAAGUGAACUUUUAAAGCAGAGACUGGUGCAGCUGCAGAGCGCACGUGCUUAAGUGUGAAUCAGACUUUAUGGCCUUGUUUGUUUAUUUUUAAAUCAAAGUUCAAGUGUGUACAGUUAAUGAUUGCAUGCAAAUGCAAAAAAGGGUUUGUUGGGUUUUUUUGGAAUCUUGUUUGAUUUCAAAGUUUAACUGCCUCAAUUGAAGUUAUAAAUAUUUAAAGUUUAUUUUUAUUAAUAAAAUGUUUAAAAAAAUUGGGCAGCCCAGUUGAGUGCCCAGACUAAAAUAUACAUUUUUAUGUUUUUGUAUAUAAUUAAUAUUUCCUAAGAAAAUGUAUUUUUGGAUCUCAAUUGUCUGGAUGUUCAGACCUGGUGUUUAUUUCUUUUUCAUUGUGUUCAUAGAUUGUUUUGAAAUAUAAAACAUUUCUCCUUG